AUGUCAAGGAAUCAAAGUUUGGAAGUGAUUAUGGAUUCCAUGGGAGCGAUGCCAAGACAUUCAUCUUAUAAUGGCUUCACAUACUUAGCCGUCUCUCUAUUAUUUCAGAUGCCUUUAAUGGAAAUCAUAUUUGUUAUGGGACUCCUUAUACUUGUUUUAGGAAUUUUGCUUCAUUUCGUUGAACUGAAAGCAGAUUUCUUUCGACUGAGGCGUCAAUUCUUAAGAGAAGAAAAGCUUAGAAUUGAAAUGGAAAGAGAAGAAGAACUGAGGAAUCGUACGCUCGCUCUGCAGACCGCCAACGGUUAUAGCACUGGCGAUGAGACAGAUAUGGCUGGCAAUGGGCUCUUCAAUCAAAAUUAUGCCACUAAUGGCUCUCAAAAGGCCACCUUUCGGUUCAAUCAUCGCAGACAUACCCUUCUCAUCGAUUGCCGCACCGAUAUCUUCAGCAUUACAGACCACACCGAAGACAUCCGACACAUCCACAUAGACAUCGAUUUAGACCUAAUUAUAGCCAAAUCUCUGACCUUACAAUGUAUUGACCAAAUCGAACCACAAAAUGAAACAACUCUUUCAACCAAUUCAUCGAUCGAUACAAUCACUUCAUCCACACCUCAAGCCAUCAUUGAUUUGAUAUCUCCGCCAAACACACGAACCCCACUAUUCCCUCAACCAUUGGCAUCGAGUCUAGCAUUUAGUCCGCCUGACAGACAAAGAGCGCCGUUAUCUUUGACACAACUCGGAGUUCCCAUCAAAACAAAUCGUUUUGGAUUAGAUCCACUCCAUUAUCCUUUCAAACCAACAAACGCUAACUUUCAUGCAAUUCGUCCCCAAAAUCAUCAAUCGUUUAAUCGACGAAUCGGUGAAAUAAUUGAGAGCACAACUCGUCGUCUAGUUAUGAAUGAGACACAAGAUGUGGUCAACAAAGAUAGAAAUGCAGCGAAUGGUAAACCGACGAACGGCUCAACAAAUAAAACACAUCUCAAUAUUGACAGCAAAUUACAAACUCAUAGAAAUGGCUCGGAGUUAGAGAUGAAAGAUGUGGACAAUUUCUCUCCAAUGCCUGUCUAUAAGAGUGAGUCAAUCAUUGAUAAAACGGAUGGAGAGGUUGUGUCGAUGACAACACCUAAAGGUACAUAUCUUCACAGCGAAGACUUCGCAAAAAUGCUUAAUAAUAUGUAUUACCAAAAGCCUGUGAAAACGUUCGCUCCAAUGAUGCAUCGAUUUGAUCCCAAAAACUUUUAAAUAACUUUUAUUUAUGUUUUUUAUAUAGAUUUUAUUUGUUUUAAUACCAUAUUUUCAUAUCAACACAACUAAUAUAUAUUUUCAGG